GCUGGACGUGGGGGAGCAUCUGGGGUGAGGAAGCCGAUCUGAGGACGAGGGGCCAUGUCUAGGACGAGAACGUACAUCUGGGAAGGAUGAUCGCUGUAGACGGGAGGAGGGGGCCACAGCUGGACUGGGGGGCGCGUCUGGGCAGGAGGGGGCCACAGAUGAACAUUGGUGACACUUCUGAGAAUUGGGCACAAGUGAAGGGGGCACACACCUAUAGAUGAAGGGGCCCUACUGGAUUUGGGGAGGACGUCUGGGUAGGGGAGCAUCUCUGGGAAGAAGGGGCCACAGCUGGAUGUGGCGACCCAUAGGGGUCACAUCUGGGGGAUGGGUAACAGCUGCAUAUCGGAGACACAUCUGGGUAGGAGGGAGCCACAGGUGCAUGAAGAAUAUAACUGGGGAUGAGGUGUCCAUGACUGGAUGUGGGGAGCACACCUGGAUAUAGAACAUCUUUAGAGGGGGGCGCAGCUGGAUGUGGGUUACAGCCAAGUGUAGGCACAUGGAAGGAGAAGUUCCAGAUGAAUGGGGGCACUAGAGGUUACUGCCAACUGUAGGAGACACGUCUGGGGGGAGGAAGCCUUAGCUGGAAGUUGGGGACACACUUGAAGUGUCCACAACUGAGCUUAAGGGUCGUAUUUUGAGAGAGGGACCCCAGCUGUACCUAAGGGUCACAUCUGUGGAGGAGGAGACCAGAGUUGGAAUUAGGGAUCAGGAUAUCAGGCUCCAAGUGUCCCAGGAAUAAUGCAGGGCGUGGGAGGAGGCCAAAGAUGGGGUUGAAGCACCUAUCUAGAGAUGAACGGGUGCAUCCCACCCCGGGCCCCACUUGGAUAAAGGCACCAGCACCAAAGAGGCAGGCCAAGAAUGGAGGAAGUGGGAUACCUCUGGUGGGGUUGGGUCUGAUAUCCACGUGUCCCCCACUGCUUCCACUCAGGCGCCCCAGGAUGGAGCCCCCACCCGGCACGGCGGCGGGGCAGGAGGAGCAGGAGCUGCGGGAGCGGGCCUUCUUCUCGUGGGCCGAGUUCAGUCGCUUCUUCGAUGCGUGGUGCCAGCAACGGCUGGCGCUCUUCUUCGUCAAGAGCUCCAUGCACCUGGCGCGUUGCCGCUGGGCCAGCGCGCCCCCGCUCUACACGCUCAUCGACGUGCUCAAGUACAGCUACGUGCGGCUGGUGUGCAAGGACGUGCGCGCGCCCAGCCGGCCCGCCGUGGGGCCCCCCCAGCCCGGCUGCCCGGCCUUCAUCAUCGUCAAGCUGAGCCCGCUGCGGGACCGCCUGGUGGUGACCGAGUGCCAGCUGACCCACUCGCACCCGGCCUGCCCGCUGGAGUUCGCCUACUACUUCCGGCCGGGGCACCUGCUGGCCAACGCCUGCCUGCCCGUGCGCACCACCAACAAGAUCUCCAAGCAGUUCGUGGCCCCCGCCGACGUGCGCCGCCUGCUCUCCUACUGCAAGGGCCGCGACCACGGCGUGCUGGACGCCCUGCACGUGCUGGAGGGGCUCUUCCGCACCGACCCCGAGGCCAAGGUGAAGCUGGUGUUCGUGGAGGACCAGGCGGUGGUGGAGACCGUGUUCUUCCUGACGUCCCGCACGCGGGCGCUGCUGCGGCGCUUCCCGCGCAUGCUCCUGGUGGACCGGCUGCCCGGGCUGCAGGGCGCGCUGGACCUGCUGGCGGUGCUGUGCGUGGACGGCCGGCGCCUGCUGCGCCGCCUCAGCCCCUCGCGCAGCGUGGCGCAGUGCCUUCGCGACCUGGUGGCCAUGCAGUGGGCCGACGCGGUCGGGGAGGCGGCGCCCGACGGCCCGGAUGGUGGGGGCCUUUGGCUGGAGGGCGAGCUGGGGAGAGGAGCCCAGGUGGAGAACGAGAGAGUGAAGGGCAUGGAGAGCGGCGACUGGGGAGGGGCCCCGAAAGAAGGAAAUAUUUGGAGAGGAGCACAUUUGGAGAAGCAGUGGGUCAGAGAACUGGAGACCAGAGACCGGGGAGGGGCUUGGUUAGAAAGCGAGAAGGGGAGAGGAUUGCAAAUCCGAGAUUGGAGAGGGGUCCAGUUGGAGACCCAGAAGGUGAGGGGGCUAGAAGGGAGUGCCUCGAGAGGGUCCCAGUUGGAGAAGGAGCACUUGAGCGGGCCAAAGAUCAGAGACUGGAGGGGGGCCCCAUUGGAGGAUGACAAAGACUGGGGACUGGAAGGUUACGUCUGGAGGGGGACCCAGUUGGAAGACCAGGGGCUGAGAGGUUUGGAAGGGUAUACCUGGAGGAUGGCCAAGUUGGAGGAUCGAAGGAUUAGGGUGCUGGAGACCACAGACCGGAGGGGGACCCUGUUGGAUUAUGAGAAAGCCAGAGGUCUUGAAGGGCGCACCUGGAGGGGGGGCCAGUUGCAUGAGGAAAGGGCAAGUGGACUGAGAACCAGAGACUGGAAGGGGCCUCAGUUGGAAGCAGAGAAGGAAAGGGGGCUGGAGUUCCAAAACUGGAGGGGAGUCCAUUGGGAGAAGCCCCUAGAAUUGAUCCCUGAGAAUGGAGAUCAAAGGGGGUCCCAGUGGAGAGAUGAGAGGCAGAGAGGGCCGGAAAUGAGAGAGGAGAGAGGAGUGAAGUUGGGGGUGAAAAGAAGAAGGGACCUCGAGGAUGUAGUUCUAGUCCAGCUGGGGGACACAAGGGUGACAGGCCUGGAGAAUGGGGAUGGAGGGGGAGCCCGGUCUGGCCGCCCCAGGAGCAGAGGAGGGCAAGGAGUGGAGUGUGGGGACGCAGGAGGGAGGUGUCUAGGGCUGGGGAAUGGAGUUGUGUGCGGCACCACUGUGGAGACUGUGUUUGAGGGUGACCCAGAGUGGGCAGUGACAAGGAGCGUGUACCUGGCCGCGGGGGAGAGCCUGCAGGAAGGAGGUGAAGGAGAAGGCCCAAGGGAACCAAAGAGGCCUUGCUGCCCCUCCGGAGAGGAGGAGGUGGACUGGGAGCCCCUGGCCAAGUUCCGAGCAGCUUGCGGGCCAGAGCUGGCGGACUUGGUGGCCGAGGAGCUGGCCUUCGCCAGGCAGCACGGGACCCGGGGUUUCCAUUGGACAGGAGCUGGCUUUGCCCUUAAGGAUGGCACCUCGGACUUCUUCCUGGACGGGGCCCUGACGCGCUGCAGCUGCUCCAUCCACGCCGCCCGACGUUUGCCCUGCCGCCACCUCUUCGCCGCGCGCCUCCUCACCGGUGCAGCCUUAUUCCACAUGGACCUGCUCAGGGAUUGCUGGGGGAGAGCCCCAGAGCCCUGACCCUUCCGGCCCCUGCCCGCCACCCUCCACCGUGAGGCCGGGAGGGCAUUCUUCGAUCCCAAAGAUAACAGGGCUGAGGCCAAGGAGGCCACCCAAGUCCCUCCAGCCACCUCCUGGGUCAUCCAGGGACCUCAUCUUGGCAGUUGGCCUCUCUGGGUCCAAGGGGAAGCUGACGGUGUGGUCUCUGAGGUCCUGGAGCCACAGCUGUGGAAGACGGUGGUGACCAGGCUGGAUUCUGAGGGCUUUCCUCUGGAAAGGGAAUGUGUGAUGAGAGGUGUAGACAGGGUCAGGCUGGGGCGAAAGGAAGAAAGGGACAAAGCUGGGGGAGGGGAGGACACCAGGCUAUGGGGACAGCCUGG